CGGAGCUGCCGGCGGCUGCCCCGGGCAGGGCAGCAUCUCCCGGGGCGCGGCGGCUCGCGUGAGCGGCGGCGUGCGGAGGGCGGGGGGAGGCGGCGGCUCCCGCCUCAGCCUUCCCCAGCAGAGGGUGCCUGCCGGUGGGAAGGGGGAAGCCGCGCUCUCCUGGACUUUUGUGGGAGUGGGGGUUGUGUUGUGUGUGUGGGUUUUUUUUAAGGGGGGUGGGGUGGGUUAGGAGAGAGUCUGUGGUUUCCAUGGAGAUGAAGCCGAAAGUGCAGGAAAUUUAAAGGCUUUGGGUCCUUGCAAAGCAGACAAACUGGUGCCAACGUGCGUGGCUGCUGUUGCUGCUGAGGAGGCUGCUUUGCAAACGGCGGAGAGGAGCGGGGAGGAAGAAUCGCAGCAACUUCUUCCACACGCACGGGCAGACAACGAGGAGCGGCAGCAGCAAGCAGGAUUCGCAACAAAAAGAGGCAUCUCCCGUUCCCGGGAAGGGCGAAAAGAAGCAGCAGGAGCAGGAGCAGAAUUUUGGAGCGGCUCCACCAGGAGAAAUUUUAUAGAGAAGCCUGCAAGAGAGCGUGUUUGCAGGGGGCUUGUUCUCCGGGCUUAUCAGGGGGCUGUCUUUGCUGGUGGUGCGGCGAGUGGAGGUGAUCCCCCUCAAAGACGAGCUAUUUUGGAUAUCCCCGUACAAGUUUUCUGAUGUAUUUGCUUGCACCUUCUUCCCUUGCUGCUCGGUGAAUCCAGCCCCCCUUUCCCCCCCCCCCCCCCCCACCGGUCUCCCAAGGAUGGAUCAUUCCCAGUGCCUUGUGACUAUAUACGCCUUGGUGGUUCUGCUGGGUCUCCGGCUAGAGCAGGGCGCCUGCCAGCACUAUCUGCACAUCCGACCGGCUCCCAGCGACAACUUGCCCUUGGUGGAUCUAAUCGAGCACCCGGACCCUAUCUUUGACCCCAAGGAGAAGGAUCUUAACGAGACCUUGCUAAGGAACCUCAUGGGCGGACACUUCGACCCCAACUUUAUGUCUGUUUCCUUGCCCGAGGACCGGCUCGGAGUGGACGAUCUAGCUGAGCUGGACUUGCUGCUCAGGCAGAGACCCUCGGGAGCGAUGCCCAGCGAAAUCAAAGGGCUGGAGUUCUACGACGGGCUGCAGCCGGGCAAGAAGCACAGGCUGAGCAAGAAGCUGCGCAGGAAGCUGCAGAUGUGGCUUUGGUCCCAGACCUUCUGCCCGGUCCUAUACACGUGGAACGAUCUCGGCAGCCGCUUUUGGCCCCGGUAUGUCAAAGUGGGCAGCUGCUACAGUAAAAGGUCUUGUUCAGUCCCCGAAGGCAUGGUUUGCAAACCUGCCAAAUCCGUGCAUUUAACGAUCCUGAGGUGGAGGUGCCAGCGCCGGGGCGGGCAGAGAUGCACAUGGAUACCCAUCCAGUACCCCAUCAUUUCGGAGUGUAAGUGCUCCUGCUAGGGCUGGCACUUUCCUUCGCGCCCCUUCUCCAGCGGACUCACGUGGACCUUUGCUGCAACAGAAAUAAAAGACAUUUGCUUUCUGGUUAACGUUGUAAUGCACUGUAACGUGUAGGAGAAUGUAUAUUGUGUGUGUAUAUUUGGCACCGGUUUAAUAUACUAUUAAGAGGUCAGUAUUAUACGUGAAAUAAUCAGCGUCUACUGUAUUUUCAAGACUAUUACCCUGA